UUCCUAAAAGGGGCUUAACAUGGCGAUGGGCAGGAUGAGGUGAAGGGAGAGGAAAAGAAAAAAUUAAAAAUAAGAAAAAAGAAAAAGAAGAAAAAUAGAGGAAAAAAAGGGGGGAGAGGAGAAAAAAAAAAAGAGAAAAAGAAAAGAAAAGAAGGAAAAAAAACCUAAUAAGGACGGGAGAUGCAAAGCAGCGGCGGCGCGGUAAUUUCCUCCCCCCCGCUUCUUUAAAAAAAAAAAAAAAAAAGAGAAAAAGACAAAAAAGCCAGCCAAAAAUAAAAGAAAAAAAAAGAAAAUCAACCAACCCAGCAAACCACCCAACCCAACAUUUCUGUUUUUUUCAUGGAGAGCAAAAACCCCAGGCAAGCGGAGGAGGACCGGGACUCCUUUGCGCGGAGACCUUUGCAUCAAAAUGCUGAUAGUUGAAAAAACAACUGACUACCCUUCGGCUGAGUACUCCCUGGUGGAGGAUGUAGCCCUCCACUUCACGUGUUUGAUGGACAGACUGAACGAGCAGCGCCUCUUUCAGCCGGACUUGUGCGACGUGGACAUCGUGCUGGUGCAGCACAAGAGCAUCUUCCCGGCGCACAAAGGGGUCCUGGCAGCCUACAGCCAGUUCUUCCACUCCCUCUUCACCCAAAACAAGCAGCUGCAGCGCGUGGAGCUCUCUCUGGAAGCCCUCACCUCGCAGGGCCUCCAGCAGAUCCUCAACUUCAUCUACACCUCCAAGCUACUCGUCAACUCCUGCAAUGUGCAGGACGUGCUGAACGCGGCCACCGUGCUGCAGAUGAACAACAUCGCCUCCUCCUGCCAGGAUCUUCUGGACACCCGCUCGCUCAGCCUGGCCACCGAGAUGGCCCUGCCUGCGGAGGGCUGUGCUGGACCUCCACCCUACUACUGCGAGAUCAAGCAGGAGGUGGACGCCCCUCAUCCCAAAAUCUACGCCCGGGAGAGCAACGACCCCUACUCGGUGCGGGUGGAGGAUGGAGCAGGUGGUGGGACGCUCCCCCCUGGUCCAGCCAAGCAGUACUACAAGGAGGAGAAGGAUGGUGGUCCAGGCGCCGUCUGUAAGAUGGAAGGCGAAGAGUCUGAGGAGGACCUGGACAGCCAGGGUUCAUAUAACCGGGAGCAGAUCAUCGUGGAGGUGAACCUCAACAACCAGACCCUCAACGUCUCCAAGGGCACAGAGGGGAAGGCGACCGCCAGCGAAGCGGCCGUGAUGGGGCGGCCUGAUGGUGAUGGGGGCGACACGGAGGAGGAUGGGGAGGAGGAGAACGAGGAAGGAGAGGAGGAGGAGGAAGAGGAGGAGGAUGCGGAGGUGGGCGAGGAGGAAGAGGAGGAGCACAGCGAGGAGGAAGACCUGGAGGAGACAACAGAAGAAGAGGAUGAUGAUGAUGAUGACGAAGAUGCGUCGGAGGUGAAACGGGAAAAGGGUGGGCAGCCUCGCAGAGGCAGCUGGGCGUCCAAAGCCACCAAGCCUUCCAUGGCAACCAGGUCUCAGGAGAUGGCCAAGGUGGAAGAAGAGGAGGAAGAGGAAGAGGAAGGCCAGCGAGGGAGGAAGAGAAAAAAGGAACAGGACGGUUUGGGCCAGAAGGUUAAGCUGGAGGAGAAGCAGCACUAUCCAUGCAAGAAGUGUCCCCGGGUCUUCAACAACCGCUGGUACCUGGAGAAGCACAUGAAUGUCACGCACAGCCGCAUGCAGAUCUGUGACAAGUGUGGCAAGCGCUUCCUGCUGGAGAGCGAGCUGCUGCUGCACCACCAGACUGACUGUGAGAAGAACAUCCAGUGCGUGACGUGCGGGAAGGGGUUCAAGAAGCUCUGGUCCCUCCAUGAGCACAACAAGAUUGUCCAUGGCUACGCUGAGAAGAAGUUCUCCUGCGAGAUCUGCGAGAAGAAGUUCUACACCAUGGCCCACGUGCGCAAACACAUGGUUGCUCACACCAAGGACAUGCCCUUCACCUGCGAGACCUGCGGGAAGUCCUUCAAGCGCAGCAUGUCCCUCAAGGUCCAUUCGCUCCAGCACUCUGGAGAAAAGCCUUUUAAAUGUGAGAACUGCAAUGAGCGCUUCCAGUACAAGUACCAGCUGCGCUCCCACAUGAGCAUCCACAUCGGCCACAAGCAGUUCAUGUGCCAGUGGUGCGGCAAGGACUUCAACAUGAAGCAGUACUUCGACGAGCACAUGAAGACGCACACAGGCGAGAAGCCCUACAUCUGCGAGAUCUGCGGGAAGAGCUUCACCAGCCGCCCCAACAUGAAGCGGCAUCGCCGGACCCACACGGGCGAGAAGCCGUACCCCUGCGACGUCUGCGGCCAGCGCUUCCGCUUCUCCAACAUGCUCAAAGCCCACAAGGAGAAAUGUUUCCGCGUCAGCAAUCCCUUGGCUUCGGACACGGCCACCACCCCCCAACCCGCCGCCAGCCCGGCCCCGCUGCCCCCCGGCCCCGGCGUCUCCCCCCUGCCGCUGCUUCAUCCCCUUCCACAGACCCUCCCUCCUCCUCCUCACCUACCGCCACCCCCUCCCCUGUUUCCCGCGGGGAGGAUAAAUUCGAACAACAACUAGGUGUCCCCCCGAUCCCAACCAUGCGCCCGCACGGACUGCUCUCCCCCCGGGGAGCCAAGGCUUCGCUUGCUCUCUACCCCUCUUUCCUCCUCGUUUGAGGUCAUUUUGUUUUGUUUUUUGUUUUUUAUUUUUACUUUUUCUCACCUGUCAUUCUCCACGGAGACGGGGAGCAGGAGGAAGGCCCCGCCGAGGAGCGUGGAUGUCCGUCCCUAAGGGUGUAGUUA